AUCUCCAUCACCCUCUACUGAGAAAAAACCCGCCGGCGCGAAACAGAUGGGACGGCAUCCGCGGAUUUUGCGACCGUUACAGUGCAGAGAAUAGCCGUCAAAACUUAACGGACACUGAAAAGAAGUUCAUUUUGUCCAGAAGACUUCUGGACUGAGAACUCGAGGACAUUUCACGUCUGUUCACGACUAGAAAAGGCAGGGUAGGCCAUGCCAUUCGGCUGUUUAAAACCUGGCGAGAAGAAGGACUACAACAGUCCAACAGAGAUCACAGACAAAUAUGAUCUGGGACAGACUGUUAAAUCGGAGGAGUUCUGUGAGAUCUUCAGGGCAAAGGAUAAGAACACACUGAAAAUGUACACCUGCAAAAAAUUCCUGAAGAAAGAUGGAAGAAAAGUGCGGAAGGCUGCCAAAAACGAGAUUCUCAUCCUAAAGAUGGUGAAACACCCCAACAUCCUCCAGCUGGUCGAUGUCUAUGAGACCCGGAAAGAGUACUAUCUUUUCCUUGAGCUGCUCUCCGGAAAUCCUCCAUUCUAUGAUGAAACAGAUGAUGAUGACUAUGAAAACCAUGACAAGAACCUCUUCCGGAAGAUUCUUGCUGGAGACUAUGAGUUUGACUCACCAUACUGGGAUGAAAUUUCAGACUCCGCUAAAAACUUAGUGUCACGUCUUAUGGAGGUGGACCAGGAUCAGAGAUUGACUGCACAAGAAGCCAUCAACCAUGAAUGGAUAUCUGGAAAUGCUGCUUCAGACAAGAACAUCAAGGAAAAUGUGUGUGCACAAAUCGAGAAGAACUUUGCUAAAGCUAAGUGGAAGAAAGCCGUACGGGUCACAACUAUGAUGAAGCGUCUCAGGGCACCAGAGCAUCAGACAGCAGCAGCCGUACCAGGUGCACCUAACCCUGCAGCAGGGGCUCAGGAAAACCCUCAAGCUCCAUCGGAGGCCUCCACAGCCCCAUCGAGUACCGCUGAAAGCAACUCGACAAGCACAGAAGCCCCUGCUGUGGAAGCUCCCAGUGCUGAAGCAAUGGCUGCCACUGACCAGCCACCAGUAGAGCCUGUUCUCCAUGCCCCAGCUCCCGAACAGCCUGAUCCAACAUCGCGAUGCAACGGAGAGGCUUUAGCCCCCCUGCCGUCAGACACAGGGGAGGAACAGAUGGGUUAAUAUCGCUACCUCUCUCCCACCUGUGUUUAGAUCCCGCACACUUGUAUAUAAGCAGCAAGCAUGCUAAUACUGAUCCCACAACUCAUAGCAUUAAUCUCAACAUGCUCUAUCAUGAGCCGACUUCUAAAACAUUUCCCAGCAAGCAUCUGUUUUCUAUUGAAUCACAAGCUAUGUGACAUGUAUCGAAGGCUCUGGCUACUUUAACUUUGCGUAAAAGAAGAAAAAAGCUGUUUUCUGCUUACAUUAAGCCAAGAUUGAAAACUUCAGCACUGAUCUGCAUACAUGUUUUAGGAUAGAUUAUCAAAGCAGGCCUCAUUUUAUAAAGUUACUUUUUUAUUUUUUUGCAUUGCAGUUAGUUAACGUCUGUCUUGAGCAGGUAGUCAGAGGAGCACAGAUACACAGCUUCAUGUGCAAUGUAAAGUUUCUGUAAAUAGCUUCCUAACCUCUAGAUUAGACGUAGCCAAGAACAGCAUGCUAUUUCAAAUCUGCUGUUUAUGACACUCAUGUCCAGGUAACUGACACAUUCAGCUUCAGCUUUAUGUGGAUGUUUCAUGUCUUGAUCAAACACUCAUGAAAUGUUGCCAUCAAUUUAUCUUGUCAUGGCAUUUUAAUGGUUGAGACAUGUGGCCCAAUAAAUGGAGCAGAUUAGGUAAACUUGAGAAAUACCUCAAAUCUGCUUGGUAGCUAGCCACAUGAACAGUGGAAAAACUCAUUUGUUCUUAUAAUGUAUUAUAUACUCUUUUCCAUACAUUGUACAUGUUUUGAGUAAUAUACCUGUCCAUUUUAAAAGUACACAGCCAUGCACAGUGAAAUGUGUUUUCAAUAGGAUUUCAUCUGAAGCAUAGAUGUACAUAAGUUACAGUGGUCAUACUUUGAGACUCUUUCAUUGGGUUGAAUAUUUACGCAGUCAUUAUAUUUUUUUCAUUGUACCUCCCUCUACUAAUCUAUAAUACAUUUGAAUAUAUUCUGAGAUAUUUAUUAGACUUAAACAUAAAAUUAUCAAAAUAUAAAUU